CAAAACCUCCCCAUCAACAUGCAGGAGUCCAUUUGAAGCAGAAGCUUGGCACUGUGAUCAUUACAUCCUAUGGAGUAGCCUAGACUGGAAGAGCGGCAGACCAAUCUAACACUGGAUUCUUUUUUUCUCCUUUGCUUUGUUUUGAGAAGACAAAGGAGAUGCAGUCUCUUGCCCAGGAAAUCAAGACAUUUUCGAAGACCAAUUUGAGAAAGCAAUGCACCCGCGUGACGACGUUGAGCGGCAGGAGGAUUAUUGAGACAUGGAAAGGAUCGACUAUACAUGUUGUAGAGGAUAAAAGUCAGCCUGAGACAGCAUGCGGCUAUGUACAGGACAACAGCUGGGACGUACAAGUUGGAGUUAUUAAACCUUAUUUACUAUUAGGCUCACAAGAUGCUGCACAUGACUUUGGCACUUUGAGAAAAUAUAAGGUGUCCCACAUUUUGAAUGUAGCCUACGGUGUUGAAAACGCAUUUCCAGACCUGUUCAUUUAUAAAACACUGAGCAUUCUGGAUGUUCCUGAUACUGACAUAACAUCCUACUUCCAAGAGUGCUCAAAAUUCAUAGACCAAGCAAAUGCAGAGAAAGGAGUUGUGUUGGUUCACUGCAAUUCUGGAGUCUCGAGGUCAGCCUCGGUCGUCAUUGGGUACCUGAUGUCCACAGAAGGAAAGCCUUUCAAUGAUGCGUUUACCUUGGUGAAAUCGGCUCGGCCAGCCACGUGCCCAAACCCAGGGUUUCUUGAACAGUUGAAAGGUUUCAAACCGAAAGGGGGCAUAGAAGCAAAUGGUGUGGGCUAUGCUUGAGCAACAACAGCAACACCUCCAGGGCCAGAGUAAUGCAUUUCAUCAUCAGCCACUGUUUCUCACAAGGAGGCCGUUCUGAUGUGUCCAAAAUUGUGCCCUAUUUUCCUAUACAGUAUAAUGCGCUGGGGCCCUGGUCAAAAGUAGUGCAACAUAUAGGGAAUAAGAUGUCAUUUUGGAUCUUACUAUGUCCCCUAAUACCCAAGGUACCCCAACAUCAUGUUGAGGUGUUCAUUUGAUGCCAUUUUUUCAAAAGCCCUACAAUGCCCUGUCAAUAUACACUGUGGGUCCAGAGUUAUUCAACAGUUAAACAUCUAUGUUAACAAUUUCAAUAAACCACUGAGGGUGGUAAUGAGGCCACAAUGGAAUUUAAGAAAGGUAUAAAUAUACAAUUCUCAACUUGAUGAACCAUGUCUGUACAACAAUUCUUAAGUUCAUUUUGAGUCUUUC